UGGAAGUCCCACACACACACAUUUAGACACACACACUUACAAUACACACACCUGACUGAUGCUCCUGCUGGAUGGACCGGUCACAUCCACAUCAUCUCCUCCAACUCCAGCCGUGCACCUAGAAGAUCAACGUGUACAGUCAGACAUGCAUUUCUUCUAUGUGGGGGACCACACGUGGGCGACCAUGUUGGGUCAGAGUGUGCGAUUGCAGCCGGUGCCCAUCCAGAGCCUGUCUGAGCUGGAGCGAGCUCGAUUACAGGAUGUUGCCUUGUAUCACCUGGAGGAGAGAGACCUGGACUUCAAGAUCAGCAUCCCCAAAGAAACACGCAAGCGGAGGAAAUCUCUCCGCAGGAAGUUCGACUCCUUUUCAAAAGAAAAGAAAGAGCGAGAGCAUUUGCCCAAUGCGUUCGGCAUCCCCCUCUCCCAGGUCAUCGCCAACGACCGGGCUCACAAGCUGCGACAGGAUGCCUUAAAGGAGAGCAGGCGCGACUGCCUGGACCUGGAGGCCAGCAUCCUGCGCUUCAGGGCCGAGAAGAGGCAGUUCUUCAACGGGAACAAGCCUCUGGUUAGCUCAUCAUCAAUCACAGGAGGGGGCCCCAGCUCGCCGUCGGCCAACUCUGUGGCACCGGCGCCCUUUUUCGAGAACCAGAACAAGCCGCUGUCACCGACGUUUCUGGAUAACAUCGGUCGAGGACAGAGGAGGGGCGGUCUGUCCGUAGACUCCAUCUCCGACCUCGUGGAGAGUCAGUCUCGCCUGCUGGAGGCGCUGCAGCUCUCUCACCCUGCAGAGCUGGAGCUGAAGAAGACUCCGGGCAACUCGUCGGAGGGGAGGACGCAAACCAAACUCAGCCUCAACCCGAUCUACAGACAGGUGCCGCGCGUGCUGGAGAGGUGCUGCAACCACAUCGAGACUCACGGUCUUCAGACUGUCGGGAUUUUCCGCGUUGGAAGCUCGAAGAAGAGAGUGAGACAGCUUCGUGAGGACUUCGACAUGGGCGUGGACGUGCAGCUGGAUGAGGAGCUGAGCGUUCACGACGUGGCGGCGCUGCUUAAGGAGUUCCUCAGAGACAUGCCGGACCCUCUGCUGCCCCGGGAGCUGUACCCUGCUUUUCUGCACGCUAACUUGCUGAGAGGAGCAGACCAGCUUCACUACCUGCAGCACCUCCUUUACCUGCUGCCUCCCUGUAACUGUGACACCCUGCUGCGCCUCCUCAGCUUCCUACACACGGUGCAGAGCUACGCCCAGGACAGCAUCGGGACCAACGAUGAAGAGAUCUGUGGAAACAAGAUGACAGCAGCAAACCUGGCUGUGAUUUUCGGUCCCAACCUGCUGCAGAGAGAGAGAGGGGAAGUGAGUCCUCACACCAUCGGGAUCGAGGACAGCACGGCCAUCAUCAGCGUGACUCUGGUGCUCAUUCAGAACCACAGGAGGCUCUUCAUGGUUUCUGCAGAGCUACAGCAGGAGGUUUUGAUGAGUCUGAUCCAGACCGACCCCGACAUCAUCGACUACCUGCUGCGGAGGAAACUCAGCGGCAGUCAUCUGACGGUGGAGAGCAGCAGUGAGACGGGAGGCCGGAGGGACACGGGGGCGUCCCUGGAUUCCGUGGGAGCGUCCAGCGGGAGUUUGUCGCCUCUGGAGCCGCCGUCCCCGCUCUUCCCUCCUGACGGCAACGGAGGCGAGGGGAGCCUGACCAGCGAGGUGUUCCUCAAUGUGCUCAAACUGAACCAGAACAGGAAGAGACAGGAACACAGAUACGGUGACGUCCCUCCAGGCAAAUCCAUCCGCCACACGCGUCAGUUCCACUCCCACCACAACCUGCUCAGCCUGGCUCAUCCCUCCCCCUCCUCCUCCUCCUCCAGGGUCCACUGUCAGGACUCAGACCCCCCGGACCGCAGGGGCCCUCUGGCCCACGCCCUCAGCUUCACGUUGGGCGGGGGCGGGAGCGGCAGCUGCAACAGUCUGAGCGGCUCGACGGAGAGCAGCAUCUGGGUGAGACAGACGCCGCAGGAGGAGAGCAAACCCACCGCGGUGUCGAACUUCUGGGACUUCUUUACCGGGAAAGGGUCGAGCUCGGAGACGAUGGUAUGAUGAAGGCCCAGAAGAGGAGGGGAAGACGAGUCGGAAGCAGUUUCUGUUACAUUCACGUGUAUUUAUAGGACUCCAGUCAUGCUCCAUUGAAUUCUCCCUGUGUUUGAAACAUAUACAAACCUUUAAGAGAGCAUCCUGUUGCAGUUUUUUCCCACCAAAGUCGCAAUUUCCCGCUUUUCUGGCAUCUCUUGAAAGCAGCAUGAGUUGAGUUGUGGAGCUGAGACACAUGAAGGAUGAAGAAAUCCAAGAAAAGAAGAAAAAGAGUCUCAGAAAACUCAAAAAACUGUCUUUGAAACGAGACGGUUUUGAUUUAUCAAGCUUCUUUUGAGGGAAGACGUCCUCAGACAGAGACGUGGACUUUAGUCAGUGAUGGAAACAAGACUUCAGAAACCCUUCAUGGACGUUAUAUGUAAUGGAUGUAAUAAUACCUGCGAUGUACAUAUCAUGUUUAAGAUGUAUUCAUUAUCCACACGACUCUCUUCUUCACAAACAGGAACCUUAUUAAGAACUCUGCUUACAAUUUAUCUGUUCAAAUACCGGACUCUGUUUGUUUUCUAUAACCUGCAUUAAGCUGCAUCGUCUGUAUAUAAUCUACAAUAACUGAUCGUCGGGAUUCAGAACAUCUGGAGAGAUCAAAGCUUCGGAGAGAUCAAAACUUCGGAGAGAUCAGAGGUAGAACUUCUUCGUAAAAGAACAAACGUGAAUUUGGUGAUUUGUAACUUCAUAUACAUUAACAUAUUAAGGGUUAAAUCUGGGUUAAAUUUGGUUGAGCUUAUAUAUAUUUUGUAAUAAACAAUGUUUGAGUGGC